AUGAACGACACACCAGUUGCCAUCUUUUGGGAUUUCGAGAAUUGUUCCCUCGCUUUGGGCCGGACGGGAUUCACGGUCGCUCGCAGCAUCGAGUCCAUCGCACAGAAGUAUGGCUCGCUCAAGCUCUUCAAGGCCUACCUGGACGCCCAGAAGCAGCCUUUGGGCUCAGACAUCUUCCGCGCUGAGCUGCAGUCGUCCGGCGUCUCUGUCACCGACUGCCCUCACAUUGGCAGGAAGGAGGUAGCGGAUCGCAUGCUGCAAGGCGAUCUGAUGGCCUUUGCCCUCGACAACCCCGCCCCCGCCACAGUCAUCAUUAUUUCAGCAGAUCGGGACUUUGCCUAUGCUGCCUCCGUCCUGCGCCAGCGACGCUACAAUGUCGUCAUGAUCUCACACAGUAACCCACGGCCAAAUCUCUGGCUCACUUCACAAGCAAUCGACUGUUACGACUGGAAGAAGGACGUUCUUCACGUCGAAGAACGUGCUACGACGAUUCCUACCAUCCUCGGGAAAUCGGUUCCCACCCACGCAGAGGUGCUAGCGCAGUGCUUAGCACCCAUUCCCUCCACCACCGGUGCCAAUCCUUCCACCGUUACCACUUCCAGGGCGCCAGUGCCUCCUGUUGCUGCGCCACAGGCUGUCGCGAAGACGGCAGAUCCCCCAUGUGAGUGCCAUCAGUUUCGCUCUCGUGCUUAG